AUGGGCGCGGGGGCAUCGUUCGAAGUGUUCGCGCCGGGGGAGCUGGAAGGCGAGAUGCAGGCCAUGGACGCUGCCACGUCAUCGUCCAGUUCGUGGGAGAUGUUCAAGGCUGGCUACGACACGAUUGUGCACACAAUCAUCCGGCCCCCUCGCAGACACGAGUACUCGGAGGGCGUGGCGCUGGGCCCGACAUGUUUUGAUGCGGACGACGGCACGACCAUCUCUCGGAGAGACUUUACCACGUUGAAUGCACACAAUGAAGCGUUGCGGUGCAGCGUGUGGGAUUCCGAAGCUGGUCGGGUACGUCCGUGCUUUACGUCGUGUGUGUUGUACUUGCACGGCAUCAGCGGAUCGCGCGUCGAAGGGCUUUCGCUGUUGGGGCCUGUGUUGCAAAUGGGACAUGCGUUCGCAGCCUUGGACUGCCGCGGGUCGGGCCUGUCAGACGGCAAGUAUAUCAGCAUGGGGCUCACAGAGAAAGACGAUGCGUGGACGAUGCUCCAAGCACUGCACAAGUACCGGUUUGGCCAGUUUGAGUCGGUGCGCAUUUGGGGGCGGUGCAUGGGGGCCAACGCCGCCUUGAUGUUGCUGCAGCGAGUGUCGAUUCAAAAACUCUCGAGCUCCGUGCAAUUGAAAGACAUCGACUUGGGAGUGUACGCGAUGUGUGGCCACGACAUCAUGGUCGUCACGUCGUCCCGAUCCAGUGCCAAUGAUGCCGACGUGGGGAUGGGGGAUAUGCUGGUGGCUAUCGAUGGUCGAAAUGUUCGGGGGAAAUCUAGUGGCUUCGUCUUAACUCUCUUGGCCGAAGCUUCGUUGGAUACAACGGUGACGUUGUCGGGCCUUCGACGGACGCGGGGGGCGACCCCCUCCCCGACAUCGUCGAUACACCUGACGCCGUUCAUUUCGUGGAUGGUGCUGGACACCGCGUUCAUCGAUUUGGACACUGUCCUACACGACAUGGUGACGACGGCGCAGUCGUCCGACAUUGGAUGGCAGAUCCCAUCGUUCGUCGUGUCGGCCGGGAUUGCGCUGCUCCGGUCCACGAUCAAGCGCACCGCGGGCUUUGACUUGCACGCCGUGGCGCCUCGCGACGGCAUCGCCCACGCCAGCGUCCCCGCCGUGUUUGUCCAUGGCGUCCAAGAUUCGUUCGUCCCUGUUCGCCACAGUGAAGCAAACUUGAAAGCGUACGGUGCCGACAACAAGACUCUAUUGUCAUUUCCUGGCACACACGACUCGCUGCGAUCGCGUGCCUUGAUCGAGUCUGUACUCGUCCAAGCGCAUGUCUUGAGUGCCAGACCAACGUCCUCGACGCCCUUGUCGGACGAUGAACUAACGUCCAUGCGGCGCCAACUGUUCCCGUCCGAGGGGGCGUACCCUUUGUGGACUGUCGGGACGUCUAAAUGGAUCGACCAAAAGAACCCUACGUGGACAUCGUCGUUGUCGCCCCGCCUCGACGAGGUUUCCAUUGCACCGUACUCUGCCUACGCCAUGUCCUAUCACGAGAAGGCGUCGUCGACAGGGGGACGACCGCAUGUCGUGUACACGGUCAGUGUAUUCGCCCCCGCGCACCUCUUCGCACAGCUGCCACCAGCUGCGUCCAACGUGUUUGGGGUCAAAGAGAAGGAGUCGGAAGGACGACUGAGCCAGGACACAGUGCCUGGGGACGAGCAGCACGAGAUCAAGUCGCUGUGGCAGUCGUUUCGGGCCCAGACGAAGCGCGCCCCCACUCAGCGCCGGUCAUCCUGGUUUGGAGGGGCGUGGCGUCAGAACGCGACUGGUGGUGCUCCGCCCAAAGGCGAAACAACUGACGCUUGGAAUGACUUGGCAACGUCAAAAUACGACUCAGACGACAGCGAAUGCGCGCAAGUGGUGGUUCUGUCCCAUGGGGAGGGGGCUCCACCAGAACAAGGGGCAACAAUGGAUGAACCCCAAAGCCCUCGACAAGAAGAGGACGCCGCGACGUUUGAAGUGGACCGGCGGUUCCACGACAUUAAGCUGCUUCUCACGAAACUAAGUGCCCUUCCCGGCGGGUUGCCCAACGACCUCCAGACCAUUCGAUCCAAGCUCGUGUACUCGACCAAGCUUGGGACGGCUCGGCUGGACGAGCGCGUGCAACUGCUCAACGCGACGCUUCAAGUCGUGUGCUCAUCGUGGACCUUGUGGAACCAUCCGAUGGUCCUUCAAUUUCUAUCUCUCCAAGAUGUCUCCAUGAUGUCAAAGCAGUAA